AUGAGAGGCAUGCGCACCAGCCGCCCACUCCCUGGAGGGCCAAAAAGAGACUCCUCCGACCUGUCUUUAGUGAGGCUAAUCGACGAGUGGAGCUGCAUUGAAGCCAAGUCCUAUCCUAUAAAAGAUGGAAACAUACUGAGACGAAUCCGAUACGAAAUUAAACGAUUCAUUUAUGCAAAUAUUCUGCACAAGACGAGAGUUAACUUCCUUCUGUUCCGCACCUUUUACAGUUACAGAUACGACUAUGGCAUGGUCUACGUGGGGAACCAGUACGCCUUCGACGUGUACGGAGGUGGCGGUGGGGACCUGUACCAUGUCCUCAGGCGGCACUACGCGCAGAGAGAAUCGCCUAGAGGAGCGGCGGAUGCGACAUCUUAUUUCAGCGAUGGGUGUAGCACCAACGCCGAGCAGCCGGGUGACAGUUCAACAUAUGAUUGCUCCCCCGAUAUUUCCAUAAUGGGGGGCACCUGUCAUCCCGGGGAGGAUUCCUUCCUCCUGGGGGGCGCCCCAGGGAGGGACACGCUAUCCCCGCAGUUGUACACGUCCAUAUUCGCCUGCUGUCUCGUCCUCCUGGAAAGGAAGUGCUACCUCGACUUUCUCUGCCUAUACCUUUACGUGAAGGCCUACUUCGCGUUGGACAGCGUGCCUAUGAGAAACGGGACUGUCUUAAAGCUGACAUGCCACGAGAGCUUCCUGAACAUGUUGCUGUUAUUGUCCGACCUGACGAGGUGGAGCGGUACCAACGGAGGAGAGACACACCCGGCAGGAUACAGACAGCAUUUAACAGACCCAUCGUAUCGACCUGCACAUAGGGAGCAAAACGACAUGUACAGUUUCAACACGUUUGAUGAGGACAUACAAAUAAAAAAUGUGUCGAAGUUUUCCUAUAACAUUCUUUUCCUUCUAAGGGUGAAAAUAAACUUCAAUGAAUUGAAUUACGAUUUGAAUACAGAUGAGUAUGAUUCUUUGUGCAACUUCGUCACGUCAUUUAGAGAUGCGUUUACGAUGAGGUUCGUUGCCAGACUGAACGAGCUGGAUGGGCUGACGCUGAGGUGUGGGCAUCACAUUAGGGGGAGCUCCCCACAGAGUGGCAGCCACAGCGACAGGGAUAACUCUGUCGGGACUGCUUUCGACAUGGAGAGUAUCAUCCCCAUCGACCGAGGCUGUAGUGGCGAACCUCCCACCUGGAGCACGCCCGCCGUAGGAAGCGGGAACUACGCUGCCAUGCUGCUUCUUCCAAACAUGGAUGACAUGUCGAUGCAUCGGGACGGAGGCAUCUUCACCAAUUUCACCGAUCGAAAGGGACCAUCGGGGGGGAAGUCCCCGCUGGACAGUUUCUGUGGGCCUCAGCUCAGCGCCAAGGAGGCCUGUUAUUACAACUUCAGGUUGUUUAGCGGCGAGGAGAUGAUUAGCGAUGGAGGGAUGAUUAGCGAUGGAGGGAUGAUUAGCGGAGGGGAAUGCUCUCCACCGCUUCCCCCGGGGGUGGCGAACCUGCGCCAUGCUCUCACCCUGAGAGAAGAAGACAUUUACCAGGAUGAGGAGUCGUGCAAGAUAGAAAGGGAGGCGAUCAGCACGUACACAUACAUAAGAAGGAACCACGCGCAGGAGAACAAAAACGAUGAGGGGAAGUUCCUAUUAACCAAUGUGAAAACGAGAUGGGGAAGGGGCAGCAGUCCCGACGGAGGGACCACCGAUGCAGAGCAACCCUACUUGUGGCACAAGUCGUAUGCAAACGAUACAUGCUCUCUCAAUGCAAUGGGGAAAAAAAAAAAAAUAAAUAAAUAUAAUAAAAAUAAAAAAUACAAAAGACAUUUCUUAAGCAUCAUUAACAGCAUCUACGUUACUCUCCACAAGAAUGUCAUUUGCAGCUUAAACAAUCGGAUAGAGGAGUAUCGUUUUUUUUCUUUGAAACGUUUUUUUCAUUUUUUAAGUAGAAAUGAGCCUUGGGUUAGGGAGAAUGCAGAUAUGUUGAACACAUGGAAGCAUGAAAUUAUGGCGUGUCUUCUGGGACAUGAGAGCGAAACGUUUCCCAUUCGACGACACCCCUUUGUCAGUAGAGCUCAAAGGGGGAAGCCCAAAUGGAAGGACCCCCCUCACGUGAAGAGGAAGAAGUUAAAUAGAUUUAGAAGGGGGAACAUAUACAUCAGUAAAGAUUUCGUGUGUGUUAACCAUGGUAUUGCUUUUUGGCUGGACAAGAAGAAGGAGGAGGUUUUCCGCCUCCGAUUUGAGCCCUUCCGAAAUAUGUUUUCGUCCCCCUUUUACCAGAGAUACUUUCACCUCUUCCUGUUUUUCGCCAGGGUUGGCACGCUGGUGCGGUACGUGCAGGCGUUCGUGCGCGUCUUCGCGGGGUUGCUUUUCCGGGGGGGGAUUAGCAGUGGCGAGAGUAGCAGUCGUGAUAGUAGCCGUGGUGGUAGAUCGCGACAAGAAACACCGCCGAUCCACCACGAGGAAGACAUAAUCCCGAUGGGAGAAGUAUUCACCACAUUUAUCAGCUCAGUGGCGAAGUACCUACAUUUGUAUGCAGAACAAAUAAGGAGAGUCAUUCUCCACGGAAAUGCUAAGACCCCCAUGGAGAUAUACAACAAAGUUAAGAGGCACACAGAGUGCAUCGAGCUUCUCUCCUUCCUAUGCUCCAGUUACACGCAGGAAAGGGAGGAAGUGUUUCGCAAAAAAUACUUCGUCUUUUAUAACCUCCCCCCCGGGGUACUACCUCCAGAUGGGGCAAUCAAUUCCAAUCUGAAGCAAGUCUUCGAGUACAAUUCCCUCCUCAACGUUAUUUAUGGCUUGUCACACAUGCCUCGGGGGGGGGGAACAGACCUCCCAGGUGAUCGUAAAAUGUAUAGUGACGGUGAGAAGCGAAUGAUCCGUGGUAAUAGUCACACGAGAAUGAUCCGUGGUAAUAGUCACACGAGAAUGAUCCGUGGUAGGAGUCAGACGCGAAUGAUCCGUGGUAAUAGUGACACGCGAAUCAUGUGUGAUACCCGUGCCGACUUGUUCAUUUUCCCAAGGGGUAGCGAACUGCUCAGUUAUAUAUACAGGUACUACUACCUCUUCCUUAGUAGUAGGAGGAAGCACCUGGCAAAGGUGUGCAAAUUCCUUUUCCUGCGAAUAGUAAAACCUCUGCUCCAUUUUCUGUACGCUUAUGUCUUCCUGGGGGUUAAUAGAGACUUUCACUUCGAGUAUAUAAUCAGCAGGCGUGCGGCACGACAGUUUUUUUUCGUCCUGUACAAGGGAGAUAGGUACUACGACCCAGGGAGUCUCCUCUCCGACUCGUUCCUUUCGCUCCCCAUUUUUUUGAAGUACGCCAUAGGGGUUGUUUCCAGAGCAGGCGAACUGUCCCGAAUUUUAAGAUCAAUCAGCGAAGAAGACUUCCAGCUAGCCAUUCCGAAACUCUCAACCGCCACUUUAGAACAAUUUUUUCACCUGCACACAAACCCGAGUCGCAACAAGGUGACAAGCCCAAGUGAACGGUUCGAAAACGUCUUCAUCGAGCAUUGGAAUGAUGAAGAAAGCGCCAAUCAUGUUUUCUCCAGAACGAGGAGGAUUAUAAAGAAGCGGUUGCAGCGGUACGUGCGCUCCUUCCGCAGUGCUCUUAGUCGGCCCAGCGGUCCCACGACGAGGGGAAGCACUAAUCAUGGUGACAUCAGCUUCAAUAAGGGCAACGAUGACAGUGAUGCUAACCGCGCAACUGGGGUGCUGGAAAACAACGUAGACACGGAGGAUGCGAGCAGGGGGAAUGUCCUCCAUACGGGAAGACUAACAAAGGCGAUCAAAUUGAGGAUCAUCGCUAAGCGGGGGAAGAAACCAGGUGGUAAGAGACAACGCGGUAGGGGAAAACGCGGUAGUGGGCGAUGCGGUGGGGGACGCACAAAUCCGAAGCAACACGAAGAAGGCUCACCAGACUGGAGUAGCGACGUCUCUUCGUUCCCUCUCUCCGAUGACACAACUGCGUCGUCACACGGUAGUGGCAGGGCAUGGAAGGAGGUGCCUUUAAAAGGGUGUCACUCUCAUUGUGCCGUUAAGAAAGGAGGACCAGGCAAUGGGGAGACCCGCCGCCCCCUCAGCCAAGUCAGCAGCCAAGUCAACCCAUUCAGACCGCUCACUCCGCUCAGCCAAGUCAACCCGUUCAGCCUGACCACGAACCUCCAACUAGACGAGGCGGACCCUUCUCAGGAGCGAAGAGACCUGGCAGCGUUCCGCAUAGACUACGAGGAUGAUGGGGUGAAGCUAUCCAGUGCAGUGCAGUUAGGAAGGAGAACCUACUACAGAGAUGACCUAACGGGGAAAGUCGCAGAGUGGAUAAAAUGGGGGAAGGCCCCGGGGAACGAGGGUCGAAGCUACCUUAGAGGUGAAGACAACCCAUGUGCUCUGCUUCAGGACGAUGGGAUAAAGAAUCUCCCCCCUCCGCCAUGUGGUCCACACAGAAUGGAAAUUAAAAGCAUUAACUAUUUCCUCUACCGAAAUGUUUUCAUUCCAAUCAAAGAGCACUACGACAAUGUUAAUAGGAUCCUCGUGUGGUCCUUCUUAUUAAAACACGACUUGCUAGCCUUCGUUUGUUUGUUGAAAUGUAUUAUGUUUUUCGAAACGGAGGAGAAGCACAAGAUUUUUUCCUCCCUGUUGAGCAGCAAGAAGGGUGACUCCAACGGGCUAGGGAGUGGCCUCAUCAAUAGCGAUAAUAUUAAUGAUUCCCACUAUGAUGGGCACAUCGGCAUAGAGGCCUCUACCCCAGCGACGACCCAAUCAAAGGGAAGACACAUAAAACUGCUGCACCAUCGAGCAGACAGUUAUUGUUACGCCGCCUCAGAUAUAUCCUCCAAAUUUUCUCACAUCCAUGUGUAUAUAGAAGUUCCCCCCCCGUUAGAAAUCUUUUUCGACAAAGAUGUUCUAACUUACUACACAAAUGUGUAUCGAUUAACAUGUCUGCUUUAUUUUACUCGGGAGAGUUUAAAUGGUAUCUUCGGGACGUUACGGUAUUUGUCCAAGCCGCUGGUUUAUCGGUACAGCAAGAGGGGCAGUGUUGGGGCUGGAGAGGCUGAUGAGGGGCAGCGGAAGAGGAACAAAGGGGCCACCACGCACUUCCGCGGAAGCGACUUUAAGUACAUGGACGUGAUUAACAACAUCGCGCGGGGGAACGCGUCCAGUGGGGACAGCGGUGAGGAUAGCGAUGGGGAGCGGCUGAAUGGCCCCCCUCCCCGGAACUGCCUCCUAUCGAGGAACACUUGCAACGCGCUCCUAACGCGGGAACGUUUCCUCAGCAUCGGAUUCGACGACCAUUUCACGCGCCACUCAGGUGUAUCCAAAUUUGUCACCCAUGUGAAAAUCAUGAGUGACUUAUUCAGAGACCUGAAUCAGAUAAGAGUCGAAAUGGAUUUCCUUCUUGGUAGCAUUCACGACUACAUCGUCAACACGAACAUCGUUAGAAGUUACUCUUUCUUUUUUAAUAAUGUGUUGAAGAUAGAAAGGUUUUCCACGCUGAUCGAAUUCCACAGACGUCUAGCUGAGCAUCUGUAUCACUUCUCCUUCCUGUCUCCUGAAUUUGUGUCGCUCAACAGAAUGAUUACCAACCUGGCUAACCUUGUGCAUGUCUUUAAGCGCAUCGUGGAUUCCUUGACAUGGGUGGAUGUGGACACUCAAGAGGCAGUGAACUUUUCGCAGACCUUCCAAGAGCACACCAAACACCUGGAACGUAACAUCAUUUUGCUGACCUCUCCAGAGGUGCAGCAGUUUAUCGGCGCCUUCUAUGCCAGCAGGAACGAGUUAAUUGGAUACGUUCGACAGUUUCGCAGCGGGCCGCUUGGCUGCCUCUACAACAGAUUUUUCUUCAACGGGUUCUACGCGCGGAUCUUUGGCGAGGAUGAGUAG